ACAAAAUCUCCAAAUUAUUGCUGCAAUAUCGGUUACAUUAUAUACACUGUUUCUUGCUGGUUAAGCAUCAAGGUGUUUGCAUUUCACGAGUGCGCAGUGUGUCUACGACACUGAAGAAACGAAAGGUCAUUCGAGGAUCGGUCAGCACAGCUGUAGCGAAUCGUAGAUUUAAGCAAACAGAAUUUCCACGGCACAAAAUUCUUGUGUCUACCUUCAACGUAUACAGUUGGAAAAACGCCUGCGGCUCGUAUACCCUGUAUACUCAAUAGCAUAGCUCACAGAACGGAGAUUCAGCUUAUGAUGUGCCCAUUGCCACGGAUACACCAGAAACGGAUUGGUUGUUAAACGCACGUUAGCUGGAUCACUAACUGUGCCGCGUUACCCUGGCAACAACAAUUGUAUUACGGGGAAAUGUUGCCGUUUCUGGACGAGACCGACGAGUUGUUCAACUAUUGGAUCCUAAGGGUCUUGGUGCUGAUCGUUAUCUACCUUGCGUGGCGUUCGACCUAUGUUCGAGAAGAUCGUCCGAAUGCAGCGGUACUCGUGAUUGAAAACAAUUUGGGGCGUUUGAAUAGCAUCCAACCACAUAGCGUUACGACGAUUAUACUGCGCAGCUCCUCACAGCAGUCCAAUAUAUCGAAUGUGACAGAAACUGAAGAGCUCGAUCUCGAAAACGACAGCAUAGCCUCAUCGAUUGAUAACAUCACGCAAUCCAUCCUGACGGAAGCUUCAGAGUCAGCUACUGGGCUUGAUUUAAGUGACACGGAAGGUUAUCCGGGAGUUGUAAGUGCUCCCGUUGUUGACACAUUUAACGAUCCCGGACCGGAAGAAAUCAUUCGACAGAUGGAUGCCACAGACCCUGAACCUAUCCCAACCGCGCAAAUCGACCCAGUCGAAUCCGCCGGAUUGCGACAAAGGUUGAACGUCACUAGCACCAGCGCUGGCCAGCCAGAGGGAGAAAAAUCUUCUGAUCGCGUUGAUAGCAGUACUGAAAAUAGAGCCUCUGCAAGCAGCAGUUUAACGGAACCCCCAUUGCCUACCAAACCGAUUAGAAUCAAGCUGAAGUAUUUGAAUGACGAUUCUAAGCUAGUGGAAGGCAAUUUGAACGAGGGCAUUGGUGAAUUUAAGCGACGAAACUUUACCCUGGAACUGGCAGCCCAUAAACUGGUCAGAUUAGUAUUCAACGGCCACGUGUUGCAACCUGACAAUAAGACGCUCGCUGCUUGUGGUCUGUUCGAUAACUGUGUCGUUCAUUGUCUGAUACACAAUCAGAAAUCAGCACUCAAUGGUGUUAGUACCGAUCGUCCUUUGGAAGGAUCGAUAGGGGAUAAUCAAAACCAAGCGCACGGUCAGAUCAGUGGGUUAGAGAAUGGUGAUGGCAUGGACACGGAUGGGGCAACCGAUCGCCGAGGCACGGACACGGAUAACAAUCGAUCCGGCACGCGUUACGGGACGUACUUUAUCUACAUCGGCACACUAGCAGUCACUGCGGUCAUAUUGUACGGAUGGUACUGUCGCUUUCAUUACGGUCAUUUGUUUAAUCUGAACUCCACCAUCGGGCUAAUCGUGACUACUACUACGUUCCUCAUUAUGAUGCCGACGAUUAUUCUUGCUGAUAGUAAUACACCGAAUUGAACGUCGCGCAAGCGGAGCUUAAAUUACGAAUGCAAAAAAUCCGACCGUCGCCCAACAUAUUUGUUUCCUGCGCAAACAGUGCAGCUUUUGCCUGCAUUCGAUCGCAUCGCAUGCAAGAUAUUGUACUGGUCGCUAGUAACCAACAAAUUCAUGUUUAUUUAUCAAUUGUCUGUCUUGUUUGAUAUCUCUACAUGCUCCUUGUUUUGUACAUAAUGUGAUCCAAUAAAAGGUAAUCCAGACACGAACGUAAU